AUGUUUAUCGCGAUUGCGGAUAUAAAUCUCCUUCAAUUGCAAGCUAUUAAUGAUUUUGUAACACACUCUCUGAUCACAGCGGAACAAUUAAAGCAAUUAUUUGAUGAUAAUCAAGGAAAUUCGCCACUUCCUGUUCAAUUAGAGCAGUUUGUUCUCGACCAUAUUCUUAAAGUAAAUUCUAAUACAUUCUUCAAACGUGAGACGUAUCGAGAUGAAGCACUGGUCGAUCUGUAUACCUCGUUCCUAAAUGAUUUACUUCGUGCAGAUUAUACGCCGAAACAAACAAUUUGUAUGAUUACAUUGCUUCAUGGACUACUAUGUCAAAUCGAACGAACAGAUAAAACUAAUCCAACAAAAUUGAACGAAGCAUUCAUACAUUCAUGUUCGAUUUUAAUGGGAGAAAAAUCAGCGAAGAAACCAGUGGUUUUCAAUGCACAUCUGUAUCCGAAAGUGAUCGAUUAUAUUGUUCAAAUUAUUUUUCAACAUCGUCGUUUGUAUGAAACAUUACUCGAAGCAAAACCAGAAGAAAUUGAAAACAUCGAAGAAACAAGAACAAUCGAUUUUCAUCUAUUCGAAGAGCCACUCUUUCCUUAUCCACUGACUGAAGCAUUGCCAGCUUCUGUUCAUCGUGAAGUUAUUCUAAAAAUUCCAACUAUUAACGAAACAGGAACCGACGAUCAAACUACACAAGAUUCAUCACUAAUAACAACGGUAACAGCUGAAGAGCCCAGUUUUGAUCUGGUCGGCAUGAUCGAUAAUAUCAGUCGACAAUAUCCAAACGUUACACGUGAACAAAUCCAACAAAUCUUCGCAGAAGUCUCCCAAGAGUAUCUCACUCGUCAUAACGAAAAUGUUCAAGAAAAACUCCGAGAAAAAGAAACAUCUCUCCUAAUGAAAUUUAAUAAUUUACAACUUUCUAAUAAAACUGAAUGA